UUGAUGACGCACUAGCGUCCGCUGCCAUAUCGUAGCGGGGACGGGAGUGGGAGCGAGCACGGAGGCACGCGCACGCGGUGUGGGCCGCGCUGUCGGUGACUGCGAAAGGUAGACGCUGGUGUAGGCGUAUGAGUCGCUCGCUGCGGUGUCACAACGCAUAGCAGCGCCGCUGCGGGCACUGCCAUCUGGGGAAGACAAAAAUUUGGAAGCGGCGUAUAUGGCCUGGAAGUGACCAUGCCGGACUCGAUGAGCGUCGGGACGCGAAUGACGGGGUUCUCGCGGCCCUCGAACCUCGCCGCCUCGCUGCCGCGCUUGAGCAGCAAACGACGACGCCUCCUCUGGCUUGUGCCCGUGUUCGUGAUCGUCCAGUUAGCGUUCUUCCAGCGACAGCAGGCCUCGUCCCAUGCGGCGCGCCUGGAAGACGGACAGCUUUUGACUUCGAGUCGACGACUGCUGCAAGACAGCAAGGGUCGACCGGAAUGCGUGCGGCCUUCGAUCGAAGACUUCCCUGGCGACUUCUUCACCCAGGAGGAGCGGCGACAAGGGGGCGUGGUCAUUCAUUUCAUCAUAGUCAUCUACCUAUGCGGUGUCCUGGGAUACAUCUGCGAUGACUACUUCGUUCCUUCUCUGGAGAUAAUUGCCGAAUCUCUUAACGUUCCAAGCGAUGUUGCCGGAGCGACAUUUAUGGCCGUCGGUACUUCGGCACCGGAGCUUUUCUCAUCGAUUAUAGGUUCUUUCAUAACAGAAGGCGACAUCGGUCUCGGCACCAUUGUUGGUUCGGCUGUAUUCAACAUUCUGGGAGUCACCGGCGUUGCAGGUCUCGCCGUGUGGAAAAACGAUGUCCCCAUAGACUGGUUCCCCAUCACCCGAGACUGCCUAAUGUACGGCAUCACAGUGCUGGCUCUCAUUGGUGUCAUCAGCAACAAUAUCGUUGAAUGGUACGAGGCCUUGGUCCUGAUCGUCAUGUUCGGUGCCUACAUCGCGGUGCUGUACUACAACUCGCAGAUCGAGUAUCUCGCGCUGCUUCAGGUUGAAGCACUAAGGCAGAGGUGGUUCCCAGGCACCGUGGGCCCGAAACCACCAAAGGGUAGCCGCAAGUCAGUCGCCGAGGAAGCAACGCCGCUGCUUGGGGGUGGCGACGAAGAGGCGCCUGCAGUGCCGACGGCUCGCUCGAGGAGGGACUCGGCUAUGUCCGCGGGAGAAGAGCGGCUGCGGCGAGACAGCGCUCUUCUAACCGAAAGUGUGUGCAAGAUUGUCGAGCAAGAGGAGCACGAGAGUGUGUGGUCGAUGCCUGACGAGGGCUCAGUCAGCCAGAUUCUUUGGGUGCUCUUCUGGCCCGCGCGGUUCCUGCUGCACUUCACGGUUCCGGACUGCAGGCGGCCGUCGAUGCGCAAGUGGUUCCCGCUCAGCUUCGUGCUAUCCGUGGUUUGGAUCGGCGCCGUGUCUUACGUGACCGUCUGGAUGGUCACCAUCAUCGGCUUCACCCUCGGCAUCCCUGACUCGGUGGCCGGCAUCACGCUUCUGGCUGCGGGUACCAGCAUCCCGGAGGUCUUCUCCAGUGUCAUCGUGGCGCGAAACGGACUUGGCAACAUGGCCAUCUGUAACCUCCUGGGCAGCAACAUCUUCGACGUGCUCUUCUGCUUGGGAGUGCCGUGGUUCUUCAAGGCCCUGUUCGCCUCGAGCUCUCACGAGGUGUUCAUCAACAGUGCCGCCAUGACGUACACGAGCGUAACGCUCCUGUCCACGGUGUUCAUACUGUUCCUCAUAUUCGCACUCACGCACUGGACGCUCAACUACAAAGUGGGCUUUGCCUGCGUCUUCAUGUAUGUCAUAUUCAUCGUGCUCGCAUGCAUGUACGAGCUCAACGUCUUCGGAGAGUUCAACCCACCGACCUGCACGUAGGUGGCGCGAUUGUCGCCGCCACUCGCGCUCUUCGACUGACGGUGCGCGCGCGCGCUGGACCCUGUUUGUUGGUACAAUGCGUCGUCCGAACGCUGCGGCAGUAUUUAAACGGCGUUAAUGUUUUGUAAUAUAACUACCAAAUGUUUCGUUUCUGGCUUGGACUUGCGUAAGUAAAAAGUUGCAGGCCACAUUC